AUGUCGUUGUUCGGAGACCCCCCAUCAGCUAUUCUCCUAAGCGCUCCCCCGCCAAACAAACCCUCCAAGAAAUCUCCCCAGGGAACCCUGGUGGAUUUCUGGUCCAAAUUCACCAGCAAGCAUCCAGGAAAGGUGACUUCGAUCUUCCCGCGCUCACUCUAUGCUACUGUCGUGGUCCCUGGGCGCCAGCAGGGUCUCAAGAGCGCCCGCAACGCGGCCGAAAGCUACGAGGCGGCCGCGAAAGAGUGUCGCACCAGGGUCAACAGAAUCGUCCUGGAGUGCCGCCGUACGAACGAGAGAUUCACCGACCCAGACUUUGACAUCGAGCAUGAUGAAUAUAAUAAUUGCCUCAACGGUCUGGUGCAGAGCUAUCCCCCAACGGCAUCUGCAAACGCCGCAGGCCCGCCAAACGUCAGCUCGUAUGACCUCAAGACAAGUCUGCAGACCCUGGUCCAAAGCCAGAUGUUGGGCGCGGACGGUCGCGUCCCCAUCGACGUAGGCGCUCUAGGGCGAUUCGUUGGGCAAGACGGCGGAGUGGUCGACGAAGGGGAAGGGGGCAGCGGCAGCCGGUAUGAUCCGGGCUCGGUGCACAGGGUAGAUUGGAUAUUCCCAAGUCCGCAGUUUACCGUGGGUGGCUUCUCCAGCAUGGCAACCAUCGCUCAUCGCAAAGACCUGAUGGAGAAGGUGUGUGUCAAGUACGACGAGGACUGUCAAGAAUGUGGCGUCUACGGCUUCGUGUUCCAGCGAGACGGCGGGUGGGUGCCUGUUGUGGUGGACGACAAUCUGUACCUGAAGGAGCAGGACUUCGACUACUAUGGCGACAUCUAUGACCCCACCGGCAAGAAGGCUAGGAAACACAGAAGAGACAUGCAGACGGGCGCUGAUGCAUUGUACUUUGCCCGUUGCGACGACCAGAACGAGACAUGGCUGCCCAUACUUGAGAAGGCGUAUGCCAAGGUACAUGGUGACUACGCAGCGAUCAACGGCGGCUGGCCGGGCGAGGCGGUCGAAGACAUGACGGGCGGCGUGACGACCACCAUUGCUAGUAACCGUGUCCUGAGCAAGCACCGGCUGUGGAAGGAGCUGAGCAAUAAGGACGGCGAAUUCGUCUUCGCGCUGGCCGCGAUGGGCACUGGGUGGGACAACACGCGCAGUGGGCUGGCGUUGGGUCAUGCCUAUUCAAUCCUAGAUGCUCGAGAGGAGCCGACUGAAGAUUUACUCGAGAAGAAGAGACUGGUUAAAAUCAGGAACCCAUGGGGUGAACGUGCCUGGAAUGGUCUUGGCGAGUGGAAUGGGCCCUGGUCCGACGGGUCAAGAGAAUGGACUUCAUAUUGGCUCAAGAAGAUGGGCCAUACGUUCGGGGAUGAUGGCGUGUUCUGGAUGGAGUAUGGCGACAUGCUCGAAACCUUCAUGUUCCUCCACCGUACGCGCCUUUUCGACGAAAGGUGGACCGUUGUCCAACAGUGGACAAGCACGAACGUAUCCUGGCUCACGGGCUAUCUUCAGACCAAAUUCGUAAUCGAGGUGAAGAAGGCGGGAGUUGUGGUCAUUGUCCUGACUCAGCUCGACGAUCGAUACUUCCAAGGAUUGGAGGGACAGUACUGGUUUGAGCUCCACUUCCUGCUGCGCGAAAUUGGCUCACCGACUGGCGAGCAUGUCUGCCGGGUCAGACCGGUGCACAGUUGGGAAAACCGAUCAGUCUCGUGCGAGGUCGAGCUUGAGCCUGGGAACUACGAGGUCCUCCCAAAGAUUGCUGCCACUCGGAACGAGAACAAGAGCCCUGUCGAAGAGGUCGUCAAGGAGUAUGCCGACAGGAAUCCGCAGAAGCUUCGACAGGUUGGCAUGCAAUACGACCUUGCUCACGCGAAAGGCGGGGUGGUAGAUGAGGACGAGGCGCUGGAGAAGGAAGAGAAGAAAGACAAGCUGCGCGCUAAGCAGAAGAAAGCCAUGGGGCAGGCCGCAAGUGCAAUGGAGAAGGCGGCGGAGGCGAUGAAGGAGAUGAGUGGUGGCGAUAAGAAGGGGAGCACCGACGUCAAAUCGGAUGAGGAGAAGAAGUCAGGGGCCGACAGCGACAAACAAAGUGUUGAGAAGCAGACUACGUCGGCUGAGACCAAAGGGGCCGAGAAGCCUAGCGAGGCUCAGGCAACCACCGAAUCACGAGAUCCUAGUGACGAGGCUACUCGGCAAACAGAAGCACCCAAAGAAGCUAAUGCCCUGGUGGAACCACAGCCCCAGCCCGAGGAAGUGAAGGUUGAAGGUCCAGCUGUCGACGUACAGGAGGAAAGUGAAGAAUCAGACUCGGAGGACUCCUCUGGAGAUGAAGAUGAUGCAGAAGGCCCGACAUCGCCAUGGAACGCUGUAUGCGUUCUGGGUUUGCGGGUCUAUGCUCGCGAUCCAGAUGUCUCUAUUAAGCUAGUCAAGCCCACUGAGAAGGACGAGAACACGUCGUUGAUGACGGAAGGACAGCCAGCUGGUGCAACUAUGUAG